GGGUACGUAGACGAUUACACAACACAGCUAUUUGUGACCAUCAACAAUUGCAUCAUCAGCGAAAUCAUUGGACUUGCUGGAGUCAUCAGCAACAUCAUUAAUGUGAUUGUAUUCUACAAACAAGGCUUUCAGGAUACGGUCAACAUCAGCUUGUUUGGUCUCAGUGUCUCUGACCUGGGCAGUUUGCUGACUCUCCAAUGGGAAAACAUUUGCUUUAACCCUCUGUUCCAACAGCUGGACCUUCCGUUUGACCCAUCAGAAAUCGAACACGUCACAGCGGGGUGGCCGCACGUCUGCUUCGCUCGUAUUACCAGCAUGAUUACAGCUUACAUCACGUUUGAACGAUGUCUGUGUGUGGCCAUGCCCCUGAAGGUUAAGAUCAUACUUACUCCAAAGAGAACCAGCUUUAUCAUUGUUGGCAUCUUCCUCGUCAUGUUCGCCAGCACCAGUCCCAUCUUCACAGUCUACUGGCUCCAGGAAAAGUUUAACAGCGUAAGGAAUCGAACCCUCAUUAGUAUCGUCUACGCUCCAAAUAGAGAAGUAGUUGAACGUAUAACACUGGCUACAAACAACGUAUUGAGUUAUAUUUCAUUUUUUAGUGUAUCCAUUUUUACCGCGGUCCUCGUAACUAACCUAAACAGAAAAACAAAAUGGCGUCAAAACUCGGCCGUGACAGACAGGACGUCGGUAGCCUCGACUCGAGACAACCGAGUUGUCAAGAUGGUCAUCUCUAUCUCCGUUGUCUUUAUCGUCUGCUUCGCUCCAAAUACAAUGAUGUUUCUUGGCACCAUGAUUAGCCCAGAGUUUGGCACAGCCGGGCAUCUUCGAAAUUUGAACUACAUCCUGGUUCUUUUCGGCUUUUCAAUGGAGGCCAUAAAUUCUAGCACAAGUAUUUUGAUUUAUUUAAAGAUGAGCUCAAAAUACAAGCAAGCUUUUGAUGAAAUUUUCCUAUGCUUUAAGAGUACAAAAAGUAAAUAUAAAAAAUAA